GCAAACCCGACCAUUUUGACGCGAUUUCGAUUUCUCAUAAAAAAAAACACACAUUUAACUCGGGCGCUCCUGCUGCUGUGUUUUUUAUGUGUGUGUGAACGAACCAAAUAUAUACACAUGAGCUGGAGGACAGUGAAAUUGAAUUAGUGUUUAUAUAGCACAUCGAUGGCUGAUAAUGCCGCCGCCGAAAAAUCGUUUGGCCAUCGUUAGUGUCAGAACGGGAACGAGUACGAGUACGGGUGCGAGUACGAGUACCACAAAGUAUCGUCGUCGUCGUCCUGCCCCCCGUCCCGCCCCCUCCGUCGUCGCCCCCUCUGCGCCGUACGCACGCAUCGAUUUGGGCUAAACGUUAGAUACCUCCUAACGCAGUUGUUAGGGUGGAAAGGCAAUAUAUACAAGGAGAAAAAAUAAUACCACACACCAUAUAGCCACUGGCCACUAGCCACUCGAUAAAUGAACUGCAAUGCCGUGCGUUGGCUAUUCGCGUGCAAUCCGUUGAUCCGAUCCGGUCCUGGGCUGGUCCGCAUCCCCCCAAAUCCCAGCCAGAAAAGUGCAAUACACCAGAAUCGAAGCGAAACCAAACGAAACGAAAACCAGGAGAGAGACAAACUCACAAAUAAAUCAAAGUGGAGUGGAAAGAGUGCCGACGAAGCAGUGAACUUGUGCAACGAACUGUUUGACGACCCAGUAGCCUCCACAUGAAGACCAUGUCGCGUUUCGGCCUGCGCCGUGGCUUUAAGCUCUCGGAGGAGCAGGUCAACGGCAAGAAUGCAAUAGCGCCGGCCACGCCCCCAGCGCCCGCUGCCACUGCCCCCAAUCCGCGCAAGAAGCGGCAGGCCAGGCAGGAGGAGUUGGACGUAGAGCAGGAGGAGCCAGAGCCGCACGAUGAGCCCGAGCCGGAGCACGAGCAGGAACCGAUCUCCCUGAUCUGCAGCCUGCCGCUGGACCGGCUGCCCCGCCUGGUGGAGAAGCUGCAUCAGCUGACGGAGGAGCGGGAACGCGAGCGAGAACGGGAGCGAGAACGGGAGCGGGAUGGGCUGGCGGGAUCAGCGGGUCACUCCUCGACGAAGGUCCUGUGUCUGUACUGUGAUAGAAAGUUCGCCUCCGGCAAGCUGCAGGCCAAGCAUGUGGACAAGUUCCACACCGAACGGCAGGAGCGGCGCUGCAGCGGCCGUUCCACCAGCUCCAAUUCCCAUCCCGCCGCCUCCGGCGGCUUCCCCGGCUGCCAGUGGUGCGGCCAGCACUCGAAUCGGCGCCAGGCCACGCCUCCACCGCAGAUCUGCCUGCCGGCCAAGCAUCUGGAGCAACUGUUCCGGCACCUGAGCGAGCAGCAUGCGGACAAGUAUUUUGGCUGCCAGCCGUGUCGCCUGCGCUUUCAGGACGCGGAUCAUUUGUCGUCGCACCAGCGGCAGCAGCAUCCGUUGCCGGAGGAUGCCCAUGGAUCCCAUGGCCAUGGGCAUGCUUCCCAUGGCCAUGGACAUGCCGCCAAGCCCGGAUUGAUGGGCGCCGACGAGCCGGUGCUCUUUCGUCUGGGUCUCACCCAGAACCGGCUACCCAGCAGCCAUCGGAAUCGCGGCCAGCGCAAGGAGGAGGAACCGCCGCCCCUGGCCGCCACGCCCAGCAGUGGCAGUAAGUCGCGGAGCAGCAGUCGGGCGGCGGCGCAGCGGCAACAGCUGCAGUCGCAGCAAGCCAUUCCGGCCGGCAGUCAGGCUCUGCAAUCGCCACAGGAUGCAGUCAAUCCGGAUGCAGUCUUUCGACUGCCCGCCAGCUUGGCCUGCAUCUCCUCAUCCUCCUCCUCCUCUGCCUCCGCCUCCGCCUCGUCAUCGUCAGCAGCCGCCGCCGCCACCGCCGCGGCUGCCGCCAACUCAGUGUUCGACGACAAGUUCUACAAGGAUGUGGUGUUCAAUGUGCGUCACAAUCUACAGAAUCACCUGGACGGUCGUCUAUUCACCUCCCCAACAUCAUCGGCAUCAUCAUCGGUGGCGUCGUCCUCGGAACUCAUCAUGCUGCAUGGUCCCAGCCAGGUGGGUCCUGGCGGCGCCUCCUAUCCCACGCUGCUGACCGCCGAGCAGUUUGGCGGGACGGGGGAACUGCUGCCGCUGGCCAAGUUCCGCCGGAGACCGCACACCAAGCACAGCUGGAAGUGGAAGUGGGACUACGUGAAGAAGUUCACCCUGAUCAACGAGGGCGGGCGGCUGGUGAAGAAGCUGAAGCAGCCCCAUUACCUGGGCCUGCGCGAUCUCUCCAAGCUGGACAUGUGGACGCAGCUGACGAUGCGCCAGAAGCACGAUCUCUCCCUGUCGCUGGCGGAGGAGCACGACCAGGAGCAGCAGCGCCGCCUGCUGGAGCAGCUCAAUCUCAUCCUGGACCAACGCCUUUUGCCGCACAUCAUCCUCGAGCAGAACGAGCAGGCGGUGAUUAAGUGCGAGAACGACGAGGAUGACGAUCCCUCGGGUGUGGACAGCACACAUCCGGGUGAUGAUCUGCUGCCCCAGAGUUUCGCCGACGAGAGUUUCCUCUCCCUGCUGCAACUGCAGCCGAGAACCGAGGAGCGGAACAGGCAGCAGGAUCAGGACCGGGAACGGGAACAGGAACAGGAACAGGAGCGGUUGAGGAACAGAAAGCGAAGAUCCGUUGUGCUCAGCGGCGAGUGGGCGCGACCACGCCUCUACCUGUGCAUCUGCUGCGGCGCCAAGUUCGACCAGCGCAAGUCGCUGGAGGAGCACAAAACCUUCCGCCACUCGCACAUCUACGCCACGCACUACGAGGUGGUGGGCCGAGAACUGCUGGCCGGCAAUCUGCUGCGCCAUCUGUUCAUCCCCAAGCGGGCGCUGGGUCGUUUUGCCGCCACCUCCGCCGCCGCCGCCGCCGCUUCGAGCAACUGCAUCCGGUGGCCGCAGAUCGGGUCAGGGCAGCAGCAGCAGCAGCAGCCCAAGCAGGAGCAGGAGCGGAACAGUGUGCAGCCGGAGGAGGAGACCAGGUCGUCGUCGGCCUCCUCGCGCUCCUCGUACGAGGUGUCCACGCCCACUCCGCUCUCGGGAUUGGAGCAACAGCAGCCAUCGCCGGCCUCCGGAUCGGGAUCGACCUCCUCGUGCUCACCCAGCUCAUCCUCCGCCUCCACCCUCAUGUCCACCGCCCCAACCGUGAUGUCCUCCCACUCGCAUUCGCAUUCGCAUUCACACUCCACCUGCACAUCGUCCACAACGACCACGACAUCGUCCGCUCCUUCCAGCUGCACCAAGUGCGGCCGCAAGUGUAGCGGCCUCAUGGAUCUCUACCGCCACAUGCUGGACUGCUCCGGCGACUAUGUGUGGUCGCUGGCCAAGAAGCGCAAGUAUCGCUACUACUGCGGCACCAAGAAGCGGCGCGCCUUCUCCAAGAAGCCGCUGAAGCAGCUGUCCGCCCGCAAGAAGGAGAAGCUAGAGACGGAAGUAGAAGUGGAUGAGGGCGAUGCCGAGGCAGAUGGCGACGGGGAGGCGGAGGCGGAGGCAGAGGCCGAGGGCGAGGAGAGCGGCUCCAGUUCGUCCAAGUUGAAGAACUCGCCGCGCCAAAGGCCCAGCGAUGCUGAAUCCAUACGCAAGAUGCUGGAGAACCUGCCCGCCAAGCGCAUCUGCAAGAAGAUCUUCCCCGUGGACAACAAGGCCAAGCGCAAGGCGAAGAACAAGGCGAAGGCCAAGGCCAAGUCCAUGGCCAAGUCCAUGGCCAAGUCGCUGGUCAAGUCAAAGUCCAAGCAGCAGCGCAGCAGCACCAAGCGAAUCUACAACCAGCACAUGCUGCGCACCACGCGCUCCCGCUCGCGAUCAUCGGUGGUGGCCACCGGCUCCUCGGCGGCCGCUGUUGCCGCCCAGCAGCACCGCAGUCGCCGCAAACAGAAGCAACAGCAGCAGCAACAGCAGCAACAACAGAAGGCCAAGCUGGACAAAGCCAAAUCCCCGCCAGAAACGCCAACUGAAGUUGUAAUGGAGGAUGAGCCAGUUAAGCUGCCCACCACACCCACAGUCACUGCCAAGUCAUCAAGGUCUCCCGCUGAGGAGAAGCCAUCGCUGCGGCUGGAGUUACCAGCACUUAGCCUUCCGGAGGCCACAACACCUGCUCCACCCGCCUGCUCCGUUCCGGAAUCGGAGCCCGCAUCGCCCACUCCCAGCAAGCAGCUAAUGCCCACACCGCCCACAACGCCGGCGCCGGCCACCAAAUCCCCGCCAGCUAUUGCUGCUACUGCUGUUGUGGCAGCUGCUCCGCCGUCCUACUCCGCUGGAGCCACCACUCGCCUGGCUACGCCCAAUUCGAGUGUGAAGCGUAGCAAGCGGAUCAGCGACUGCAUAGCCAUGCUCACGGGCAAACUGGAGGAGAAGCUCAAGACGGAGCAAGUGCCAACGCCUGCUGCAACGCUGCAAAUGGAGCGUCGGAGUGUGGAGCAGGAGAAGGCGGCAGAGAAGGUGGAGAGGUCAAGGCAGCCGGUGGAGACACCUGUUCCACCACCAACUGGCGACAAGGAGCGAGUGCAGCCAAAGACGCCCAAACGCAAAGCGGUGUCGCGUCGAAUCAUCAAAAUGGAUGCCACACCAGAGCCCCCGUUGGAGUCGCUCCCACUGAGGCAGGCACCAGAAGGAUCUUUGCUUGCUGUUGCACUUCCACCGACUGCAGUUCCGCCUGCCACUUUGGUGGAGACGCCAGCUCCUGCUCCAGCUUCUGCUCCAGUUCCUGCUCCUGCCCUGCCGCCUCCUGUGUUCAACAGUUUGCCAGGACCUCCUGCGCCAGUCGUUGCGCCUGUUCCUCCGCCUCCGCCAGUCAUUGCACCUGCUCAUCCUCCGCCCGUGGCUGCACCUGCUCCUCCGCCUCCAAGGCGCACGCCCACCAAGGCGGCUGCCAAGCAGAUGGCUGCCCCACCACCGAAGCCAGCCUCGUUGGCCGCCCUCAAGCAGUAUCCUCCCAUGGAGCCAUCAUCGCCGGCGCUGCUGGCCACCAAUGCGCCACCUGUGCCCGUUGCUGUGCCGCUGGGAAUGCAAGGAAUGCAGGGAAUGCCCGCUUCACUGGCGGUGGGAUCAGUUAACAUGCUGCCCAAGAUGCCACUCUAUAUGCCGCAGUUGCAAGGGAAUCCCAAUUGCAAUACCAAUACCAAUACCAUUACCAAUCCGAAUCCCAAUCCGACGCCCACGCCCACUACCAUGUUCGUUAUGGAUCAUCAACCGCUGAACCUGACCAGCCAGCGAGGAGUGCUGCCAAAGCCGCUGUUCACUGGCACCACGGGCGAUCCCGGCCUGGUUGGACUGCCGCAUCAUCGCUCGGGCGGAAUGCCCGCCCGACGGCAGACGAUCUGUGGCUUUGAGGCCCGAAACCUCAUGGGUUUGGACAUGGACAUGGAGCCGCUGGAUCUGUCCAAGAAGUCGAGCAGAAAGGCAUCGCCGGUGCCGCCGCCGCCGCCAAUGGUGACGGCAACGAUGCCACCGCAACAGCAGCCAGGUGCUGCUCCUCCCAUUCCCGGCCAGCCCCUGCCCCUGCCCCUGGCCUCGCACUAUUACUCCAAUCUGGAUCUGCUCAAGAUACCGCAGGUGCGCAAUCCUGGCAAUCCAGCUGCUGGUGUUGUGGUGCCCACCAGCGGUGUUCCGCCGCCAGUUAGCAUCAUGCCCACAUCGGUGGCCACCGCGACCCAUGCUCACGUGCAUCCCGUCAAGAGUUCGGGCGGCAAGAAGCGCUCGCUGGAGGGAACGGGCAGCUCCAAGAAGGACCAUGGCAAGGGCCAGGCCAAGGUGUGUCCGCGCAUGGACGAGGUGGUCAACAACCAUAUCGACGAUGCCAUCAACUCGGUCAUUAUGGCUGUCCAAGCCAGUUUGCCGGAUGACGAGGAGGACGAAAAGGAGAAGGAAAAGGCGAAGGAGAAGGAGGAGCAGGCCAAGAAAGACAAGGAGAGGGAGAGGCAACGAGAACAAAGAGAGAGGGAGAGGGAGAGGGAAAAGGAGAAACUGGAGCUAGAACCGCUGCCCAGGCCGAGCAACUGCAUCUUGUCGCUGCCCAGCUCUGCGGUAUUGCCCUUGGCUGUUAAUCCUCUUCCCGCCGUGCUUAUUUCAUCAGCUGCUUCUGUUCCCACACCCACUACUGCUCUGCAGCCUGUGCCUGCCAAGAAUCUGACGCCCAAGAAGCGCUCCAUGCGCUCGCGCACCAUCGACUGUCGCUCCGCCUUGCUUGCCCUGGAGGAGACUCUUCCGGUGGCGCCAUUGCAGCAGUUUAUCCCGCUGCCAGUGAACGGUGAUGCAAGGGGAGAGAUGCCCACAUUACCAGUUUCUCUUCCAGUUGCAGUUCCUCCAUCGGUUCCUCCUCCAGCUGCACCCGUUCCAGUUCCAGUUCCCUUAACGAGUGCUAAGGAAGCAGCUCUUACUGUGACCACUGCUGCAGCAACAUCGCCAUUAGUGGAGCAUCAGUCUCCGGAAUCUCCUGAUCCUGAUCCUGAUCCUCUUCCUGUUCCUGUUGCUGUUCCUGUUCCAGAAAUGAUUGCCCAACCAGAGACAUGUGCCGAGUCCUGUGCUCCCGUGCCUGUGCCCGUGCCCGUCUCCGUCAUUUCAGUGGCUCCCGCCUUGCCACAGAUGCCACCACAUCGCAGUGCCACGCCUCCGCCCAGCACAAUGGCCGAGACGAACUGCAGCUCGCUGAUGGAGGAGCACAGCAGCAACCUGAACAACAACACCUCCUCGGGCUUCCACAGUCUGGCGCAAUCGGAGCAGCCCCUGUCCACGACGGCAGCAGCAACGCCAGUGGAGGAGUCUACGGCGCCACCGCCCAAGAAGGAGGAGGAGGAGCAGCAGCAGCAGCAGCAGCAGCAGCAGCAACAACAGGAGGAGGAGGAACUGCCCGCCAAGAAGAAGCAACGUCGCCGGCGCAAGAACGAACUGGCGGCCAUUGUGGCCGAUCAGCUGCUGGAGAGCUUCAAGAUCGACAACGCACGCAGGGACAACCUGAAGAAGCUGGAGAAUCUGGCGUAUGAGAAGAGCGAGGACCUGCUGCUCACCGGGAUGCUCCUGAUGUCCAGCACCAAGCGCAAUGCCGCCCUGGGCACGUCCUCCGCUGCGGCCGCCAAGCUGGCGAAGAAGGAACCCUCGGCGACGGAGACGGAAGCGGCGGAACCACCAAAUCCGCCAGGACGCGGCAGGCCUAAGCGUCGCCAGAGUUGCUACUACCGAAGGGGCAAGGCUGGCGGAGGAGGAGGAGGCGGGGGAGGUGGAGGUGGAGGAGGAACUGGCCCGGGUAAGGCCACCAACGAGAACAUCAGUCUGCUCAAAUCCUCGCUGGAGUCCUUCUCCAUUGGCAUCGAGAAGCAGCUGCUGGCCAAGGAGGCGCGCGAGGCCAAGGAGGCGCGCGAGGCCAAGGAGUCGCAGUCGCAGUCACAGCCGGGGAACACCGUUGGCAGCCAGCCACCAGUCGGCUCCAUUCUGCGUCCCAGCAUUCUCAGCGGCGCAGUGGCCCGGGAUCAGCAACAACAGCAGCACUCCAAGGAGAAGGACAAGGAGAAGGGCAAGGAUAAGGAUAAGGAUAAACAGGAGCACAUACCAGCCACCUUCAGUCGUGAUCCACGGCUGAACAAGAACAUACACAAGGAGCAGGCGUCGGAGCAGCAAAGGUCCGAGUUGGUCAGGGAGCAGCAUGUGGCCACCAACAACGACAAUGCCGAGGAGGAGGACAACUAUCUCACGGAGAUUGCCAAGAACGUGAACGAGAAGAUCAUGUCGGCCACCACCAACGAGGACUUUGAGUUUGCCCACGACGAGUUCGACGGCGAAGGGGAUCCCGACCAGGAUCAGGAUCGGGAUCCGGAUCACGACCAGGACAAGUACUAUCGCCCGCCCACCUCGAUGAGUGUGCGCAGUGCGCCCAAUCUGAACGACGAGCACUCAAACUUUGGCUCCAUGUGCGACGACAACACCAACACCGAGGUGAUGGACAUGGACCUGGACGACGAGAUGAGUGUGUAUACCAGCUACUCCCAGGAUCUGGGACGUGGCGGUCGUGGGCGCCGGCGGAGACGCCGCCGAAGCGUUCUGCUCACACGGCGGCCCAAGAAGCGGACGCAGCGCAGCGAACUGGAUGCCGAGAAGUACGGCUGUCAGCUGUGCGGCAAGAGCUUCUUCACCGCCACCUCGCUGUCCAAGCACAACAUGACCCUGGCCCAUGUGUCCAAGCUGUCCGCCCAGGAGUACCUGCAGUCGCAGACGGCUCCCUCCAGUCCACAGCAGCAGCAGCAGCAUCAGCAGCAGGAUGUCCAACUGAAUGAUGGGCAGCUGGCGGAGAACAACAGGAGGGAGGAGCCGCAUCAGCAUCAGCGGCAGGAGGAGGAACAACAACACCACUUGGCAGCAGCUCCUCCGCCGCAGCAGAUGAGAGCCUCGGUGCUGAUGCUGCCCAACCAAAUGGCCCAUCAGGAAAGGGAAAGGGAGCGGGAGCGGGAAAGGGAGCAUGAACGAGAUCUGCAGCGGAUUCAGGAGCACGAGAGAAUCCAGCUGCAGCGAGAGCGGGAGCGGGAGCAGGAGCAGCAUCAGCACCAGCAGGAGCAAGUGCAUCAUGUGAUUACUGAGGCCAGCCUGCGGCUGCACGAUAACCAGCACAGUCCGCAGGCAGCGCCACCGCCCACCGCCUCUCGCCUCAAUCUCAAUCCCGACGAGCGUCUCUUCUACGAGUGCUGCAACAUCCUGAAGAGUGCCGAGACGCCACGCCCCCUUACCGGCGGAGGAGGGUGUGGGGGCGGGGGCGGAGGCGUAGGCGGUCCAGCCACCACCACAUCGGUGAUAGUGACGGCGGGCAGAAAGCAACCGCCACCGCCGCCAGCUUCGCCAUCACCAUCCCGGUCCUCAUCGCUGCCUCCGCCAGCUUCGCCAUCGCCAUCGCUGCCACCUCCUGCCUCACCGUCGCUCUCGCUGCCUCCGCCGGCAUCGCCGUCGCCAUCUCCCUCGCCGCCGCCACCUGCGGAGCCACCUGCUUCUCAUCCUCAUCCGCAUCCUCAUCCGCAUCCGCAUCCUGGUCCUCAGCCAGUGCCUGCCGUGUGCCAUCAGCCGGUCAUCCAACAGCUGUUCCGCAACCCGCCCGCGGUCACGCCCACCACAACGCCCACCAACCACAACAGGCUGUCGCCCAGCUACUCGGCGGUGUCGCAGUUCUCGGCCACCACCACCACGUCCCGCUUCAAGACGAAGGCGGCCAUGAAGGGCUACGAGAACGUGAACAUGCAGCUGGACAUGCUGGAGCUGGCCAAGUCGGGCGGCCGGGGUGUGUGCAAGCUGACCGAGCUGGCGGACAUUGCGCUGGGCAGCGAGAAGCCCGGCGGCGACUUCCUGCCCCAUCUGCCGCCCGCUCCAACCGCCGCAGCAGCUCCAGCAAUGCCGGCCACUCUGCCGCCCAAUGCCAUGCAGCAGAUGGCCAUCCAGCAGACGACGACGGUGACGCCGACGGUGACGCCAACGGGUCCGCUGGAAGCACAGCAGCAGAGCUCCACGUCGUCCAAGACGAUCAUGCAUGCCUCCAUCAUCAAGGCGGCGGCGGGUGUGGCCAGCUCGGCCACUUUGCCGCCGGUCUCCGGGCGGAUCAUCAUUCCGGACAGGCCGUUCAAGAACAUUGGACUCGAGGAGAAGGCGCCCAUCACGUUCCAGAAGCCCAAGACGUGCGUCAAUCUGCUGCAGGAGCAGGACAACAACAGCGUCUCCACGGCCAGUUACUCGGAUCGGGAUGACUAUGAUUUCGGCACCCUAAGUUGCGACGGCGACGUGGAACCGGACCCAGAAUCAGUGGUCAGAGGUGGCGAUGGCGGUGGCGGUGGCGGUGGCGGUGGAGGUGGUCAAACUACCGGGCGAGUGGUGCUGACCCAGGGAGCAGAAGUUGGCGUAGGAGGACGAGCAGCCGUGUCAACCUCCAGCUCAUCGUCCUCCUCGUCCUCGUCGUCGGCGGCGGAGCAUUCGAGAAGUGGCAGUCGGAGCAGCAGCAGCAGUUCCAGUCGGGCCACAGCCAAAACGUUCGAGAACAAGUCGCUGAUCAUGGGUCGCAUAUUCAAGCAUGCCAGCAGCGCCAAGGCCACGGCAGUGAUGGCCACAUCGGCGGUUAUGCUGCCCGGGCCCAGUGUGGCGGCGGGCCUGGCCAAGAUCAAGGCGCUGCCCAAGAACCAGGCCAAUCUCGACCAGAUCUUCGACGAGUUGCGUGGCGGUCAUCCAACAGCCAAGUCUUCGGAAAUGGACACACCGCCUUCUCUGCUCCCUGAAAGCUGGGAGAGGCAGCAUCAGCAUCAGCAGCAUCAGCAGCAGCAGCAGCAGCAGGCACAUCAUCACCACCAUCAGCAGCAUCAGCAGCAUCACCAGCAUCAUCAUCAUCACCACCAGCAGCAGCAGCAUCAGCAGCAUCAGCAGCACCACCACCACCACCAGAUAGAGCCCAUGGCGGCACCAGCUGCUCCGGCAGCACCAGCGGCCAUGCCAGCACCCAGUGCCCUGCCGCCGGGCAGAAAACCGAAGAAUGUGGCCACAGCGAACAGUGCCAAGAAGAGCGCUGCCACCAUCAACAAAGCCACGCCGGCCAAGGCCAAGGGUAAAUCUAGAGGGGGCGCCUCUGGAGCUGCCACCUCAACGGCCGCGUCCAAUCGCAAGCCACGCAAGGAUCUGACCAAGUUGCAAUCGGAGCUUGGCAUGAGCCACGAGGAGAUCGAGCAGCUGAUCGACGAGGGCCAGCGCAAGUCCAAGCGCCGCUGUGCCACCAAUCGACCCAAGAAGCUGGUGGAGACCUGGAGUUCCGAUGAGUACGAGGAGUUCCUGUCCACCAAGGACAUCAUAGCGUUGAUCGAGCAAAAGGAGCAGCAGGAGCAGCGGCGCAAGCGCAAGACCAGUGAGGUCACCACCCAGCCGGAGGCACUCGCUCCACCGCUGGUCGCGAAGAAGGCACAGACGCCACAGGCGGCACAGGUGGCAGCGGCAGCGGCUCCAGCCAAGCGCAAGAAUCGCGGCGGUGAGAAGAAGGCAGCGACAGUGGUGCAAGUGGCAGAGCAAGUGGUGGAGCAGCCAAAGUCGCGGGCCAGGCAAAGGAACCAGCAGCAGCAACCAGCAGCAGUGCCACCUGCACCCUCUGUUGCCUCCGCCAAUACUCAGCCACCAGACCAGAUCACGACCAAUUCAAAGGGUAAAUCCAAGGCAUCGGUUAAGAGUAGAGCGCCAGCGGCCAAGGUCACAAGCAACAGGAAAAAGCGCGGACAGCAAAAGCAGCGGGAGGAGGAGCAGGAGGAGGAGGACGAAGCGGCGGAAGCGGAAGUGGAAGUGGAAGUGGAGCCACCGACCAGGACGCGCAGCUCUAGGCAGCAGCAGCAGCAUCAGCAGCCCAGGGGAAAAGCUGGGCCAGAGAUAGAGCCACCACUAGAACCUGCUCCUGCCCAAAAAGAAAGGAACAAGGCGCGUUAUGGCAAUGCACAACAACAGCUACCGCCACCGCCACCGCCGCCGCCGUCGCAGCAAACGCAAACGCAACCGCAUCCCAGGAGCAGCUCCGUGGCCACCACCAGCAGCAGCAGCACCACCACUAACACCACCACCAACACCACCAACACCAACACCACCAAUAACAACAACAACAGCAGCAGCAGCAACAAGAACCUAAAGGCCAAGCGGAAAUCCCAGACGAAUCGUCAAUCGCCGGCGCGUAGAAAGCGACCGGCAAGCGAAAAGCAACUCUACUACUGGAGCAGCUCCAGCGACGAUGAGUUCGGACGCCUCGAUGACGACGAGGAUGAGGGCGAGGCAUUGGCCAAUGCCAGAGAAGCCGGCGGCGAGCAGAGGGAUGGGGAUCGACUGGAUAGUCUAGAUCGACUGGAUCGCCUGGACCGACUGGAUCGACUGCAGCCGGAGGAGGCCGCCUCGCCAUCGCCGCCCGGCAAGCACUUCGAGGAGAACGAGCCGUACCAGAAGCACGGCUGGAUCGUGGGCGACUCGCACAAGAAGCUAGUGAAGCUGCUGGCCAUUGCCAAGGGCAGCAAGAAGGUGGACAACUCCAGCGGUGUCAAACGGCGCACGCCCAAGCGCAAGUGCUAGCGUCGCCCGGAGAAUCUGCAUCAGGAGGAGGAGGAGGAGGAGAAGGAGGUGAUGGUGGAUGCCAUCCUCAUGCCAGACAAGUCAUAGCCAUAGGCUUCGAGGGCGACGUCGGCGCGGGCAGCCGACGAUCCAUCAACGCCAUCGAUCACAUACGUACUGCCAUUGUGUCAUCGUUAAUCGUUAAGGCCAGCGCCAGGAGGGGAUUAACUGGAGUUGAAGCUAAAGCUGGAGCCAACCCAAUCCAAACCAGAAUAGAACAGACGCCUCCUGGCCCUCUGGUUCCCAUUAACCGUAUGCGGAGUAUAUGCAACAUAUUUUUCUUUUUCUUUUAAACAUCUAAGCGUUACAUUAUUUAGGUUUUUUUUUAUUAAAUGUAUUUAUAAUUAAUAAACAAAACAAACAAAAAAGCGAAAAAGCAACAAAUAUAAAUUUGAGCACAACAAUUAAACCAGCUGACUAAUGAUUUUGCAUAUUUAACCAUUGC